AUGGAACGCGUGUGGCGUAAGGUGAACCAGGGUUUGACGCUGCGAUCGUCCUCAUCGAAGGCGACGACAGUCGUCGUAGGCACCACAGGAUCAGGAGUGUUGCCGACCGCUCCACCGAUGGCCCUAGUAGCCGCCGGCACUGGAUCGACCGGAAUGCCGGGAGGUUCCGGGUUUCCGCACUCCACGGACACGACAAGCUCGGCCGGUUUCGGUGAGUCACAAGUUGUUGCCGUGCAACGACGCCGGCCGCCGGUACCGCAGUCCAGUACGGCCUCAUCGGAAAAGCGGCGUCGCCGUCGGCGCCGCAGUCGGCCCAGUCGGGAAGGCGCUUCGCAGGUUAGCCACUCGUCCGGAAGCCAUCAUAAAGGUCAUUCCUCAAGUGGUCGUCGAGGCCAGACCCAGUCGGUCACUAUCGCGCAACAGUCCAACGAACAAUCGCUCAGACAACGAGCCGUGGCGCGGUUGAAGAUGUUCAAUUUCAAUUUGAAUUGGGAUCUGCACAUGACGCAGUGUAAACCGUGCGGGCCUAAAAGUGGGAACAUUAUCACUCGCAGGCUGUGCCGGAAUCGGCGCGGCGAGGACAACGAACUCUACCGCUCGAACAGCUUCAAAUUCGAGCGGUUCGAACGAAAGGAUCCGAGCGAAACGGGCACAAGGACAAUGCUGAGAAAACAGAUAUCCGUCUGUGAUGACUACAGCUUACCGAUUGACUUCGUAAAGAAACGACCGUCCAGUUUUGAUCCCUGCCUAGUUCAGCAUAUACCAAACAACUGGACAUCGCCCAGUCCCCAAUCGGAUCAUGUUUCAUUUCUUGAGCCGCUAAUACUGCAGCAGCCCUUGUCAGCGGUUCCGACCAUCAGUAACAGUAAUGUGCCCGGAAGCGGAACGACCACCGCCGGCAACCCUGGAGUGCACCCGCCAACCGGUACGCUCGGUCAUCCGCUGCCCCUUCCGCCACUAGGUCCACCCCCAUCAACGUCGGGCCCGUCAAUUUGUGGCCCACCACCGCCUCUACCGCCGCCUCUACUACCUGUGGCCGUAGAUUGUGCGGCUGCGACGGCCGCCGCCAAUGCCGUCGCCAUCAAGACGGUGGAAGAGAUCUUUGACACACACCGAAGCCGCAGCCAGCGGAAGGCCGUCGGACGGCAUCACCGGGCACGGAGCCGUCCGCGCCGGCCCGACAGCCACUCGGAGGUGAAGUACAUUAAUCAAAAUUUUAGCUCAGGAUCAUCGGCGCCCGUCACCUCGGAGGAGGAGGACAACGACGACGACGACGAGGAGGACGACGAGGAAGAGGAGCUGAGCAAAAUACCGGAGCUCAACUCACCCGACAGCAUCUCGGACGAUUUGGUCCAGCCGCUCCGUCAGAGUCCACUCAAAGCGGACGGAGGACUUGGGAAGCGAAACCCGUCCCCGUACUACUACUCGGACCUGCUGAAGAACCGGGCGGCGGCGCGCGAGAAGGAAGCUGAGGUCAUCGGUGAGCCGCAGGAAGUAGCAGGUCCCGAGGAGCCCGUGAGCCACCGUAGUCAGCCGGCCGCGGGUCGGUACAAGAAGAGCAGCAGCCUUGACACACCGGGCGCCGAGAAGGAAGUGUGCCCGGCGAAGCGGUACUCGAUCACCGAGGAGGGCGUGCGGAUCAUCCGGUGUGACUCGCCGUCCACCACCACCUCGGACGACUCGGACUGCUCCGAAUGCCGGAAGCGGCGCGUGUGGCACGCGCAAGCCCUGGCCAUCGCCCGGGCCAACUGUAACGCGCUCCUGGGCCUGCCGGUCGAUGUCGGUUCGAUGCCACCGCACCGGCGGCUGCUAGGACCGGCGGCUAUCUGUGCCUGUGCGACGCCCUCGGCCUUCGGCGAGGACAACGAUGAGCUGUUCCGGCCGCGGAGCGUCUUCUACGUGCACCACCACCACCCGGGCGCGGGCGCCACAGAUUGCGCUGACUGUUCCCUGAGCGAUCCGCCGCUCGGACCGGAAGACGCCGCGGCUGCGGCCGCCACCGACGCCACCGGCGACGCCAUGGCCAACGUGCGGACGCGCCAGAUCUACGAGACGGCGUUCGACUCGAAGGUCACCCGCUCGGACGACGAUCUGGACGAGGUCGAUCGGGUCACCAACCAGAGUGUGCUGCUCCAGCAGCUGACCAAGAGCACCAGCAGCAGCGCCAGCAACAUGCCUGCGCUGACCCGUGGCAAGUCCAGGGCCAGCAAGUCCACAGCGGGCAAAGUACCCACGGCCGAUCCUGGAGCCCCGGAAACGGAGGGCAACCAGGACGCGGCCGACCACACGCUGGUGGCGGACCUGCAGAAGCUGCAGAUCGACAACAAGCAGCUGGACAAUAUUGCCAAUGCAAACUCCACGUCUUCCUCCUCCCAGCAGCUUCCCUUGCGUGGCUACACGCCAUCCCCGCCGUCGACGGCGCCGCUACCGAUGAAGUUCCCCGGGAAGCACGUCGAACGGUUCUUCAUCAACAGCAUCAAGAGCGCUCCGAAUCUUCCGGCGUCGAACGGGGCCGCCCAACAUCCGCGCCUCAAGGACCUUCGGCUUGACAUCCAGCAGCACGGCCGCAGUCACCACCAUGAGGCUGCAACCGGUGCCAUCGAGGGGAGCUCCUUCAACCACACCAACCCCAAGACGGGCGAACGACCCCGCUCGACGCACUGCCUCGAGCCGGAGCGGGUCCUGGAGCUGAAACGGGGACACCGUGGGUCGCACGCGUCCCGUCGGGCUCACAACUUCUCGUCCACGGAGAGUAUGGCCACGUCCAGUAGCGGUGGCAGCAUGGAGUCACUAAAGUCCAGCACGAGCGAAGGCAACCGGAGCACCUCCAGCAGCGAUUCACGCCACUCGUCAUCGCUCAGUUCGCACAGCUCCGACUCGGGACCGUCGCUGUUGGCGGCCUUCCCGCUCCGGGUGCCGGUCGUGGUCCACAACAAGCUCAACAUCCUGAGCCCCAUCUCGGACAAGUCGUCCCAGGAGCCGGGCUCUGAAACGGGUUCGUCGGACAUCAACAGCCGCAACAACAACUCCCAGAAACAGUCACCGAUCGAUCAGUCGGGGGGACCGGGUGGUCCGGGAACUGGGACGGGCUCAGCGGGGAAGAAGGAGAGCGACGCCCACGAGUGUGCCACGGAGGCCGUGAAGGCUCCGAACCAAGUCCAAGGUUCUUCCUCUUCCAAGCGCCGGUCGGCGCCGAACAAAGCGCUCCUUCUGAUAACGGGUCCCGAAAUACAGGGCUCGGACAGUGGCAUUUCGUUGCACUCGCGGGAGGAUCUGAAAUCGAGGAGCAACUUUUUGAACCUCGGCAUCCAGCGGGCCGCGGCGCUCGGGCUGACCGGGGACAAGCAGCAGGCGGACGGGGCGAAGGUACUGGCGCUGCCCCAGGACCUACACGAUCUGCCGUUCGACAUGCCCAAGCUGCGGCGACGGCGCGCCCAUCUGCAGCAGGAACCUUGCACAUCCGGUAGUGUGACGUCGGUGGACGUCGGUGAUUUACCCUUCGACAUGCCGAAGCUACGCCGACGGCUGCGAUUGUCACAGAACCAGCAGCAGCAAUUGCAGCAACAGCAGCAGCAGCAACAGCAGCAACUGCAGCAACCAUUCCCGAGUAUACCGUCCAGCUCGGGCGUUAAAGGGAUGCUCCAGACGAGCACCGAAUCCAGUGGGCUGUCGCAAGCCUCGUCCAGUCUGUCGAUGCGAGACUCCGAUAACAAGUUUGCGAUGACUGGUGGAUUCUUUAAGCAGAGCCUCACAUUAAACUUGAACGACUGUGGUAGCCGACCGGCGAAGAAGUUCGGCACGCUCGACCUCGGCCUGAAUCUGGGCGCCAAUCGGCCAAACGUCGAUCUGAUCGACGCUUCCAUUCCACUGGACCGGCAAGGCUGGUACCAUGGGUCGAUCAGCCGGAUCGAUGCGGAGAAAAUUCUUCGCCCACUGUCGGAAGGGAGCUUUCUGGUGCGCAACAGUGAAUCGACCCGGCAGGACUACUCGCUGACGCUGAAGAGCGCCAAAGGUUUUAUGCACAUGCGGAUCCAGCGGGACACCGACUCGGGCCAGUUCAUCCUGGGCCAGUUUAGCCGACCGUUCCCCACGAUACCGGACAUGAUACGGCACUUUUGCCUGAACCGGCUGCCGGUGCGCGGGGCCGAACACAUGUGUCUUCUGGAGCCGGUGAUUGCGCAGAUUCUUUGAACGAGCUGCAGCUACUGGAUCCUGGCCGGCGCGUCCCAAAUUUCCCAAAACCAAACCAAAGUCCUGUGAGUAGUGCCUAAGUGGCGUGCCGAAGCGCUAGGCGAUCUUCGCGGAAGCAGCUAGAAAGCUGCUCCUUUCUAGCUUUAGCCGAGAAAUUACUGGUCAGUGUGUGAGGUGUGAGCCUCGGAGAAGAAUAAACGCAACAAAGCCACACCACACGCAGUGGCUACCCUUUUUGAGGAACGUGAACCGCUAGAAGCAACCAGUAGAAAGCAAACGAUAGCGGUUUUGUGUGUGUUUAGGGAUGGAGAAGGUCGUAGAAGGCGGCGUUACUAGAAACCACCACCAUGUUUAACUUCAGACACGUAACUUCCUAUGUACAGAGAGGUAGUAGCCCCUAGACGUUCGCGGAAGGCUUGGUUCGUAGCAGGUUUUCGUCUUACAUUGUGUUUUCUCUUUGUGACAAUAAUUGUUAUGUUCAGCAAAUCAACGAAGCGAAGCGAAGGUUCACAGAGGAUCGGGAUAUCGUGGAUUGCGCUCACGUUGGAAAACGGGAUCCGUGGAGCCACGGCCUGUGGGGUCAGGAUCGGAAGUCGCGUGGGCUAAAAGAAACCAUUUUGAAGAUAAAAUAUGUAAGCAGGCAAGCGGCCGUUGGCAGGCGUUGUCGUUUCAAAUGUUGUGAUAUCUACGGUAUGGGUUAUGUUGAAGACAUUUGCUGGUUUCCUCCCCAUUUCAUGCGUAAAGUCUGUGCGUUUUUCUAGCUGCGCGAGUGAGUUUAUGAA